UGCUAUCGUUAUCGAGCUGGUACGUUGGUAUCGAUAAUUUUGUUGUCACUGUUCCGACUUUUGGGGCUACAAAAAUAGAAAUAAAGUUAACAAUUGCUCUAUACAAAAGUCUAAGUAGCAAAUACCAAGAGCCUGCGACAACAUACGGGAAGCAGAGCUAGAGCAAAUUCAUGGUGUGACAUUUUUAGCGCAUUGAUAUGGCUGACAAGGCGCCCCCCGCAGACGCAAAAGAAGGAGCCUCCGCCAACCCGGCAGUUACAGCUGCCCCUGGAGCUGAAGGUGACCACACGACGCUGACUGUGCCACCUGCCAUCGUACAAAGCGACGAGCCCGCAGUGCCUGUAACCAAAGUAGCAGCAGCAGCAACAGCCACUGCCCACGCAGACAAAACUGCGACAGAUGCUUCAACCUCCACAACAGUGCUGAUGGGCGCGGACGCCGGCGAGCCGGAGCGUUGCUGCUGGAUCUGCUUCGCCACUGACGAAGACAACCGGCUGGCAGCGUGGGUGAAGCCGUGUCAGUGUCGUGGUACCACCAAGUGGGUGCAUCAGAGCUGCCUUUACCGCUGGAUCGACGAGAAGACGCAGAAAGGAAACGCGCUGCGUUCCGUAUCCUGCCCUCAGUGCCAGACGGAGUACAUAAUUGUGUUCCCGCAAAUGGGAAAGUUUGGCGGCGCCCUGGAGGCGAUGGACAACUUAAUUAAGCGCCUGAGUCCUUUCCUUGCGGCUGGCUUUUUCGUCGGCUCGCUCUAUUGGACAGCCGUAACGUAUGGAGCGGUAACGUUUUUACAGAUUGUUGGUCAUGAGAACGGCAUGUCCAUUAUGGAAGCCGGUGAUCCUCUGGUGCUCCUGAUCGGACUGCCGGCCAUUCCAGUCGGACUGGUGCUAGGUCGCUUAAUUCGCUGGGAGGACGCACUGCUACGACUAAUUCGAAACCGCGGAACUGUGGUGAGGAAGUUCCCAUUUGUGAGCCUCAUCUAUCCGAACCUAAACCAGGAGGAUGAACAGCAGAGCACUAGUAAUCCAGCCACUCCAGCGCUGUCCGACCCCGUUUCGGCCACGCGCGUAUUCUGCGGUGCACUUCUCCUGCCCACCAUCUCGUCCAUUGUAGGGCGGAUUCUUUUUGACUCUGUGGACAACACGUUGCACCGCACUUUGCUCGGCGGCCUUACAUUUAUCACGGUCAAAGGUAUCCUCAAGAUUUAUUUAAAGCAGAAGCAAUACGCUAGUCGCAAGAAACGCCGUAUCGUGGAUUACACGGAGGAAAACAUUCGCACUUACAUGCACCGCAGCAACACUUCUGCUGGCGCAGCUCGACAGGAUCAGCCGGCGCAGAACCAACAGCAGCGUCCAGUGCCACCGACUCUGCGGUUGGACGCCGUGGCAAUACGAGAACGUGAACUUAAUCGCCAGCCCGGUGAUAGUGGUGGAAGUGUUGUUUAGAAGGAGGCGUGUUGCCCAUCAUUUUAUGUAGAUCUGUUUUUCUACGAUUUAUUGUUUUUCUAAGUUGAUUCUCUUAACUGUCGCCUUUGGAUGCGCAGACAACACAACAUCCCCUUUCGGUGUGCUAAAAUUUUUUGUAAGGCGUCAUCAAGUUAAAUUUAUUGUUAUAAAAGAAAAUCUCUAUGUUUAAUGACCGGGAAAUAGACGCCAACUACUAGCCUUUGGCAAACAACCGCCAUGUCCCCGCUUAGAUAUAAUAUUGAAAUAGUAUAUAAUGGAUUUAUAUAUGCGUACGCUUCCACACACUUGAAUUUAUACCUAAAUUGUAAAUUACGAAGUUGCCUCUGUAAAUAAAAGCAAAACCCUCGGCUGUGGGUGAAUAUAACCAUAA